GUGAACAAGACGUCAUGAAGAUCACGUUGCCCAAAGAAGAGACAGGAUUGACGAACACAUGAAAACAUUAGCUAUUGUAUGGAGCGCUUUCAUUCCUGUUGACCACUGAUCUACUUCGGGCAUUGAACACAGUCAAGUCCUACACGCACGCAUGGGAAGAUGUCAGCCACAGGCCAGGACCGAAGCAGCCGAUGGCAGGACAUUCAGAAAGGACUGCAGUUCAUUCAAUCAACCCUGCCUUUUCCUGGCUCUCAGGAGCAGUAUGAGGUGUUCAUUCAGAGUUUAGUGAGGAAUCUGUUUGGUGAGGGAAACGACGUGUUCCAUGAAGGCGAAUGGGCACGAGCUGUUAAUUUAUACACUGAGGCCUUAAACAUAUCGGAGUAUGCAGACUCAGAGGACAUCCUCAUCUCUCAAGAUCUGAACGAGAAGCUUCAUGCGAACCGCGCUGCUUCCUACUUGAACAUUGAGCUGCACGAUCAAGCUCUAGAGGACUGUGAAAAAGCUCUUCAGCUCAACGAGAGCAACUACAGAGCACUUUACCGCAAGGCUCGUUGCCUAAAAGAUAUAGGGAGACUUCAGGAGGCUUAUGAGGCAGUUGCUAAAUGCUCGAUGGCAGUGCCUCAGGAUACUCGUGUGAUUGAAUUGACCCAGGAGCUUGCCAAAAUGUUGGGAUUAAAAAUCCGUAAGGCUUAUGUGAGAAGCAAGCCUGUCUUAAAUGUUUUGCCUGGGUCAGGUAUAUCCGGAGCUGUUAAUGAUAAGCAUUCACAAAGCUCUUCGUCUGUGGAUGAUAUUGAAACUGAAGUGGGCCAGUAUAUUCAUGGUAUGAGCGGCCCACUACCUGUCAGCAUGCCAGUGUCUUCAACUGUCAGUGAGAAGGAAGAAGUAGAGUCCAAGCCUCUGGUUGGUCUCAUUUCACCACCAGUCAUCCCGAUAGAGACACACAAUCCAGAGCCUGUUCCCAUGCCUUUACAUAUGCCACUGGUCAAUGGAACCAGGCCCAAUGACUCUUAUGCAGUAGCAAAUGCUCACUUAGACUUUGAUACAGAUAUUAUUGGAGAUGAUCUGGAUGAGCUAUUGGACCGAGCAAGUCCUCCUGAGGCUAAUUUGGAUAUUCCCACAGUUGACGGACCUAUUCCUUUACCUACCAGUAUUGCUGUCAGUAGUUCAAUACAGAGUCCUUUGCUCAUGCCUUCUCAUCUGAGCCAUCCAUUUUUGGGCAUGGAUUCGCACUGCACUGUAAAUUUACCUGCACCGUAUCACAAACCAAUUUCAUCGUAUUCUCUUGGUCUGGACACAUUUUCUUCACAGCUGGAUUCGUUGGAUAGUUUGUCACUCUCAGAGACUCAGACAGAUAAAGCUUUUAGCCAGCAUCAUUUUCUGUCGAUGAGCAAUAGCGACAUGUCAGUGCCAACCAUUCCACCCAUCGGGAUGGGUUACUGCACAUCUGAUGGGACGUACGCCCAGGAAUAUCCACCGCAGUUAGACCUCGCUAAGAACCCACUUGCUGAUACCCAUGAUUUUAAACAAGCCUGUUCUUCAUGCUACAUUAAAACCGGCCUGGGUGUGCUGGAUUACACUUACCUUACAGAGGACCACAAAUGCAAAAAAGAUUUGCUUUUGGGAAGAACCAAACAUGUGGAACUUCAGACGUGGAAACUUAUUCGGCCUAGACCUAAAAACCAGUACAUGGGGCCUUAUUAUAUUUGCAAAGAUGUGGCGAUAGGACAGGAAUGCCGGUACCUUGGCCACUGUACCUUUGCUUAUUGCCAAGAGGAAAUUGAUGUGUGGACGCUUGAGCGCAAAGGCUUCAUCUGCCGGGACAAUCUGUGCGAUCCUUAUGGAUCUAGACCUAAGAUUAAUUUGACUGUGGCCAAAAUCCUACAGGAGCAUCAUGGGAUAUUUCUGUUCCUCUGUGAGGUGUGCUUUGAUCACAAGCCCAGAAUAAUCAGCAAAACCAAUAAGGACAUCCCCAGCCUAUGCUCUCACCCAGUGACAAAGCAUGCGUUUGAGGAAAAGAAGUGCCUUGUACACUAUUUAAGGGACAAAACGGUCAGGUACUCCAAAGUUCGUCCAUACAACCCUUUUUGCCAAAUGGAUCUGUGUCGGCAUGAGGUGCGAUACGGUUGCCAGCGAGAGGAUUCCUGCUUUUAUGCCCACAGCCUCAUCGAGCUCAAAGUGUGGAUGGUGAAGAGUGAACAAGGUAUCACACAUGAAGGUAUUGUUCAGGAGUCGCAGAGAUAUUGGAAUAUGAACGCUGCUGUUUAUUCACAGGAGUUUGCACCGACCAUGCGCAGGUUUGGUCCAGUGAAUUUGAAGAUGCAGUUUGUAUGUGCUCAGUGUUGGAGGAACGGUCAAGUCAGCGAGCCGGACAAAAACAAGAAGUACUGCAGUGCCAAGGCCAGGCAUCCCUGGUCUAAAGACAGACGAGUGGUUCUGGUUAGCUCUGUUGAAAGGAAAAAGUGGACAACGGUUCGAGCUCUCCCAUCCAAAAAACCUGUUCCUGCUCAGUUUGACAUUUGCAUGCAUGUUUCGGCUGGAAAAAAGUGUCAGUACAUUGGAAACUGCACAUUUGCACACAGCACAGAGGAGAGAGAUCUGUGGACCUUCAUGAAAGACAACAAUAUUGCAGACAUGGAGCAGUUAUAUGAAAUGUGGCUGCAGUCUCAGAAGCCAGGCUGGGGUGAAGAAAGUAGCAACAUCGCCACCCGAGAAAAUGGCAAACAGAUUCACAUGCCCACAGACUACGCCGAGGAAGUGGCUGGUAAUCAUUGCUGGCUGUGUGGGAAGAACUGCAACAGUGAUAAGCAGUGGCAGCAGCACAUCACCUCUGAGAAGCACAAAGAGCGGGUCUUUAACUCUGAGGACGAUCAGAACUGCUGGCAGUAUCGCUUUCCCACUGGCACCUUCAGAGUCUGUGAGAGGUGA